AUGAGUGAAACCGACAGUUGGUUGCAGCGCUUAGAGGCACACGUACAUUCGGUGAUUGACAAGCAUUAUUCCGACAAAAACGGGGAUGAUAUCAAGAUCGCGCUUCUAGACACCGGAGUAGCACGCCCAAUAAAACUUCAUAUGGAGUCAGAAGAUCUUAAAGACAAUAUCAUGGCCAUGAAUCAGCGAGUAAAAAGAGGAGUGGUACUCGGGGAAGGGUUGAAGCCAAACGAAGACAUUGACGGUCAUGGCACAGACUGCGCUUACCUCCUAUGGAAAGUGUGCCCAUAUGCAGAAAUCUACCCAUACAGGAUCUGCAUGAGCAAAGAAGAACCCGAGGUCAAAAUAGUCAAGAAAGCGUUGGAACAUGCCGUCCACGAGCACAAAGUCGACAUCAUAAGCAUUUCCGUUGGCUGGGAUCGGGCAAGCUUCCAGCUUCGGGAAGUCUUCAAACAAGCCUCGAAAUCCAGUAUACUGCUUUUUGGGGCCACCUUGGACGACGGCAGAGGCAUCAAAUACCCGGCGCGCGAUGAUGCAGUCAUUGCGAUCGAUGCAGCCGACAUUAGGGGCGAGCCUCAGUUGACGAGUCCAAAAAGAGGGCUCAACCGGCAGUGCUACACCGCGGUUGGGAGGAACAUCACAUCCAUUGCAAACUUUCGCGCAGCGCCCAAGCCUCUCGAUGAACUACAACAGAAAUGA